UUAGUUGACUGUGAAUGCUCGAGUCCUGGACCCGCAAGGCCCAGACAAAACCCUCACUCCAACCAAUGCAGAAAGCAGUUCCCGAGCUUCCAAUUCUUUCCGAGAGAGCACGCAACAUAAUCGGAGCUGCUGUUACGCCAGACCUCUGGUCGCAUCUCGGAUCACGCGUGUGAAGCGGUCUCCGCUGGAUAUUGCCUUUUUGCACUAUUGGAACCUCUACCGAAGUGUCUAGUGACGCAAGGCCGUCAGCCCUUGAGUCUGAGAGAAAGCCGAGCCCGUCCGGCGCAGACAAACCCCCGACCCGCUUCAUCCGAUCGCCGUCAUCGAGACACAGGAAGCGGCCACAUCUCCCAGCAUGGAUUUCAACAGUUCUUCGCCCUACCCAGAGGGCGUCAUCUCGUUCCUCGACACCGAUCUCUAUAAGCUGACGAUGCAAUGCGCGGUCUUGAAGUACUACAAGGACGUCCCCGUCACCUACGCCUUCACCAACCGGACACCGGAGAAGAAGCUCUCCCGCCAGGCUUUUCUCUGGCUAGAGGACCAGGUCAGGAAGCUGGGCAACAUUUCGCUGUCUGCCGAGGAACUCCAAUAUUUGAAGGAGCACUGCCAUUACCUCACACCGGCCUAUCUGGACUUCCUAUCCGAGUUCCGCCUCCGGCCGAGAGAGCAGGUCGUGCUCAAGUUCCUGCCCGUCGGCGAUGACACUGGCGCCCUGACCGACAUUGGAGACUUGGACGUCCGGAUCAGCGGCACUUGGGCCGACACGAUACUGUACGAGAUUCCGCUUCUCGCCUUGACUUCCGAAGCCUACUUCAAGUUCAUGGAGCCGGACUGGGUGUACGAGGGGCAGGAAGAGCUCGCGUUUGAGAAGGGCAUGCGCCUACUCGAGGCCGGCUGCGUUUUCUCGGAAUUCGGCACUCGCCGGAGGCGUGACUACCACACCCAGGCUUUGGUGUUUAGGGGGCUCACCAGGGCGAGCAAGGAGGCCCAGAAGCGCGGCUUCUCGGGGAAGCUCUCGGGGACGAGCAAUGUCCACCUGGCUAUGCGUUUCAACAUCCCUCCGGUCGGCACUGUUGCGCACGAGUGGUUCAUGGGUACUGCCGCUGUGAUUGGCGAUUACCGCAAGGCAACCGAGGAGGCGCUAUGCCGUUGGGUCGGCUGCUUCGGAGAGGGCGUGCUCGGAAUUGCGCUGACGGACACUUUCGGGACGCCCGAGUUCUUGAACUCGUUCAGCAAACCGGUCAGGUACCUGGAACAGCCCGCUCCGGUGUCGGAGAGGAAGCCAAGCAUUGCCGACUCGUUCAUCAGGACCGCGUCCUCGGCGUCAUCGGGGGGCAGGAGUCAGAAGAGCAACAAGACGUACGCCGAUGUCUUCACCGGCGUCAGACAGGACUCGGGGGACCCGAAGGAAUUUGUCACGCUCAUGCAAAACUUCUACAACGACCAGGGCAUCCAUGACAAGAAGGUCAUUGUCUUUUCCGACUCGUUGAACAUCGACCGCUGCUUGGAGUACAAGCAGGUCUCUGAGAAAGCGGGCUUCCAGCCCACCUUUGGCGUCGGCACUUUCCUAACCAACGACUUUGUCAACACGAAGACCGGCAAGAAGUCGACCCCCUUGAACAUCGUGAUCAAACUGAGCUCGGCGGCCGGGAACCCUGCGAUAAAGAUCAGUGACAAUAUCGGGAAGAAUACCGGGGACAAGGCCACGGUCGAGAAGGUCAAGCGCGAGCUGGGUUAUGUCGAAAAGGCAUGGGAAGGGGGCGAUGAGACGGCGAGGUGGGGCCAUGAGGAGGACCCCGUCAAGGCGUAGUCAAUCACAGUUCCCUGGGUUAUUGUCACGUCAGGGGUAAGGGGCUCAGAGCUCAGCGGUCUUGGCAGAG